ACCAUCAUCAUCGGCGCCACCAUGCGCUUCAUCGCGGACGAUGUGGAGAUCGACCCGGUCACCCUCAACCUCAUCAUCCUGAUCGCCAGCUAUGUCAUCCUCCUCCUUGUCUUCCUCAUCUCCUGCAUCCUCUACGACUGCCAGGGCAAAGAUCCCACCAAGGAGUAUGCACCUGACCCCGUGCCCAACGUCAACCCGGCACCCAUCCGGCUGGUGGUCAUGCAGAACUCGCCCGCCAACGCCCGCUGGGACCAGAACAAGAUGGUGACCUCCUACGAUCCUCCAGGCACAGAGAAAAAGAGUACUUUGGUCUGA